CAGCUGAGCGACGAAAAGAGAAAACCGCGAAUUGUUUUUGUUACGCUGUGGCACUGUUCUCAUUUCCAUUGCAGGCAGCUGCGACUAUUUAAUUUGUGUAGUUUUUCGUUGCACAACAAUUUGCAAUUUGGGGCAGGCAAUAUUGUCACACGUGAAAAUAACGGAUAAGUGGCGCCUAAAAUUAGCAACAUUCGGUGACGGCGACACAAGCACGCCAUUGACAUUGAUUCACAUUCAGAAAGAGGCAGAGAGAGAAAGCAGCUGUUGCCAGCGAGCAAAAGCAAAAAUAAAUCGAGGAAGUGUGUGCAACCGCCAACGCCACGGCCAGUAUCAGCUGCUCGCUCUGGCCAUAAGCAAUAAUUUAUAACUAUUUGAGCUUCUGGGCAGGAACGUACAAAGCUAUAGGAUUAUAUUAAAGCAGCACACACAUUCCCAGCAAAAGCAUCGACCAGAGUGGAGUUAACAGCACAACAACAUUGGCAACUGUAGCGGCAAGAACUGAGCCUGGAACCGAUUGAUACCGCAGUGCAUUUAAUCAAAACAUUUUGUGUUGUGUAAUCAGCAAAGUGAACGAAAAAAUUCGCAGCCAUGUCAGAGCAGAAAGAGACAAGCAAAAGAGUGACGCCGCCCGCGUUUUCGAAAUAUCUGAUUGGUGGUGCCAGCGGCAUGGGUGCCACCAUGUGUGUCCAGCCCCUGGAUCUCGUCAAGAAUCGAAUGCAGAUAGCUGGUGCCGGUAGCGGCAAGAAGGAAUACCGCAAUUCCUUCCACUGCAUUCAGACGGUGGUUAAGCGCGAGGGACCCCUUGCCCUGUACCAGGGCAUUUCAGCAGCGCUGCUGAGGCAGGCGACUUACACCACUGGUCGUUUGGGUAUGUACACUUACCUGAAUGAGGAGUAUCGGACACGUUUCGAUCGAGCGCCCAACGUGGUCGCCAGCAUGGUGAUGGGCAUGAUAGCGGGCGCUUCUGGUGCAUUCAUUGGCACCCCGGCAGAGGUGGCUCUCAUCCGCAUGACCUCCGAUGGACGCCUGCCGAUGGAGGAGCGACGCAACUACAAGAACGUGGGCAAUGCUCUAGCCCGGAUAACACGCGAGGAGGGAGUGGCGGCACUGUGGCGUGGCUGCCUGCCCACUGUGGGUCGUGCCAUGGUCGUGAACAUGACCCAAUUGGCCAGCUACUCCCAGUUCAAGUCGUACUUCCGCACCGGACCGCUCCAAAUGGAGGAGGGCAUCAAGCUGCACUUCUUCGCCAGCAUGCUGAGCGGCCUGCUGACCACGAUCACAUCGAUGCCGUUGGACAUUGCCAAGACGCGCAUACAGAACAUGAAGAUGGUCGAUGGCAAGGCCGAAUACAAGGGCACCAUGGAUGUGCUGCUCCGGGUGGCACGUCACGAGGGCAUCUUUUCGCUGUGGAAGGGUUUCACGCCUUACUAUUUCCGCCUGGGACCGCACACGGUGCUGACGUUCAUACUAAUGGAGCAGCUAAACGGCGUCUUCAACAAGUACGUGCUAGGCACGGAGAAGCGCGGCUCCGGCAUAUAAGCUGGGCCAAGGGACGCAACUGUAGCAAGCUGUGUGGCCUUGUUGUUGUUAAAGUUUAAUCUGUUGUACAGUGCUAGCCAAUAUAUUCCAAACAACUCCUCGAACGAUGAAUCAAACUAUGGACAAUACAAAUGAUGGGAUGAUAAUAGCGAUUAUACAAUAUACAAAUACAUAUAUAUAUACAUAUAUCUUUUUACGAUCAAACGUGAGGCAUUUAAGUGUCGCGAAUUCCGGUGACAGUAUAACGAAAUUGUAUGCAUCUGUUAAGGCAGAUUUCUGUUAUUAAAAACAAAAUAAUAAGUAAAAAGUCGAUUCUCAAUAAAGCACAAUAUUAAAAACAUUUCCAGAAGUGUGUAUAUAGAAAUAUAUAUACUGCACUCAUUACAUUUAUUAUCUGAUUGGCAUUAUUGCUAAUAUGCUCUUA